AUGGCCGUCGCACGCUCGAUGCGCCGGACGAGUCCCAUCAGCCUUGUGCUGGCCGCAGUGCUUGCAUUUGGCUUCGUCCUGUUCGUGCUCUCGCCGUCCUCGUCCGUCUCCGCUGCCGCCUCCGCGACUUCUUCCCAGCAGCGCCAGGACGAUGCAGCUGAGCACCCUCUCUCACCACCGACGAAACCAUUCUUAAAGGAGCAGCCUCGCCGCGGCAAUGGCAUCCAGGCCGCGCCUCCAGUCGUGCACUACAACCUAAACAAUCUGACCAGUUCGAAUCAUGCGCUUGCCAAUCGAGAGCGGAUACUCAUCCUCACCCCAUUGGCGCGAUUUUAUCAGGCAUACUGGGACAACCUCGUCAAGCUCAGCUAUCCACAUGAAUUGAUCUCGCUGGGAUUCAUCGCCCCCAAGACCAAAGACGGCAAUGCGGCCGUCUCGGCGCUGGAAAAAGCGAUUCGAACCACGCAAACGGGCCUCAUCGACAAUCGGUUCGCUAGCAUUUCCAUCCUCCGCCAGGACUUUGAACCUCCACUGGAAUCCCAGGACGAAAAAGUCCGUCACAAACUGUCUUCGCAGAAAGCUCGGCGCGAGUCGAUGAGCCGCGCCCGAAAUAGUCUUCUCUUCACCACCAUCGGACCGAGUACAUCAUGGGUCCUCUGGCUGGACGGAGAUAUUGUUGAGACCCCACCGACUUUGAUCCAGGAUCUCACCUCACACAAUCAGCCCGUGAUCGUCCCCAAUUGUUUCCAGCGAUACUACAACACCAAAGCCAAGAAAUGGGAUGUUCGUCCAUACGACUACAAUUCAUGGAUCGACAGUGAGGCGGCGCAGAAUCUCGCCUCACAGAUGGAGCCAGACGAGAUUCUCCUCGAAGGCUAUGCGGAGCUGCCCACAUAUCGUACACUCAUGGCGUACUUGGCAAACCUGGACUCGUUGGAUCCUCGGCGCGCAAUCGAACUGGACGGCGUUGGUGGAACAGCGCUGAUGGUUAAGGCGGAUGUCCACCGCGAUGGAGCCAUGUUCCCGGCUUUCCCAUUUUAUCAUCUGGUUGAGACAGAAGGGUUCGCCAAAAUGGCGAAGCGUUUGGGAUAUACGGUCGCUGGGUUGCCGGAUUACUUGGUCUACCACUAUAAUGAGUAG